GUCAUCCUGUUAGCUAGGUCCUUCCAACAUGCAAUCCUGAACGCUAACAACCUGUUUUCGGACUAAAACACAGGUUAAUGUGUUGAUUCAGGAGAGUCUCUAGCCAGCGACAGCAGUGGUGGAUAUCAGCCCUUUAAAGUCAGUAUGGCGGUGAAACUACACAGGGUGCUGCUGGCUGGCUGUAUGAGCUGCACAAGGAUGUAUCUGCCAAGUAGUGGGAACAUUUAUUCAAAGCGGCUUCUAAGUCCUUUCUCCGCAAGAGUGGGUGGGACUCGAACCCUCAUCAUUUGUACUGCUCGUACAGUACUCUGCCCACCGAAGUACACUGUGCCACUGGGAAAUAGAAAACUUGGACUGUGCAGCAGGAGCUGUAAUGAUGGUUCAAGAGCACUCUGCAGUCAAACAGCGCCUGUGUCAAGAUGUCAGCACAGAAGGUCUCAGUCUGCUGCAGAGAGAAAGGAGAACCUGCUGUCAGGAGCUGCAACAUGGCCUGUGUGCUUUGUCCGCCGCAGAGGGACAGAUGCCACUGUUUCCAGUGUGCCUCCAGCUUUUGUAGUGAUGAAGUUUGACCAAGAAGGAAAUGUAACAUCAUUUGAGAAGAAGAAAACAGAGCUGUGCCAGGAGCUAAGUCUUCAGGCCCGAGACCUUCGCUUUCAGCACAGCACCAGCCUCACUGCGAGAAACAACUGCAUUAUCAUACGAAUGGAGUCUUUGAAAGCCAUCGUGACCCUGCAGUCCCUGUUGGUUUUGGAUUUUCGUGGUCUUGGGUUGGAACGUUGGUUGGUACUGGACCUGGCCUCUCAGCUAGCAGCGCAGACACACUCUCUGCCCUUUGAGUUCAGAGCACUAGAGGCCAUACUGCAGCACAGGGUUAAUAAUCUACAAGCUCGGCUGAAUGAUGUCGAACCAGUAAUACUGGACACAUUGGAAUCCCUUGUAGAUCCAAAAAUCCUCUCUGCUGACAGAAGUAAACUACAUAUACUGCUGCAGAACAGCAAGAGCUUAUCAGAGUUGGAGACGGACAUCAAAGUUUUUAAGGAUUCCUUGCUGAAGAUUUUGGAUGAGGAUGAGAUCAUUGAAGAAUUUUGUCUGACCAAGUGGACAGAUCCAAGAGUUUUUGAGGAGAGCAGUUUGGGUAUUGACCACGCUGAGGAGAUGGAACUGUUACUGGAGAAUUACUACAUGCAGGCUGAGGAGCUGGGGAACAAGGCCAGAGAGCUGAAAGGACUCAUAGACGACUCAGAGAGCGUCAUCUUCAUCAAUCUGGACAGCCAUCGUAACGUGAUGAUGCGCCUGAACCUGCAGCUGACGAUGGGUUCCUUCUCCCUCUCCUUAUUUGGUCUGAUUGGAGUGGCCUUUGGAAUGAAUUUGACGUCGUCCUUCGAAGAAGACCCUCGUAUUUUCUGGCUGGUAACAGGCUUCAUGUUCUUGGGCAGUGGGCUGAUAUGGAGACGCCUGCUGUCUUUUCUGGGGCGACAUCUGGAGCCUUCAAUACCCCCACUAAUCCCUCCAGUUUGGAAGAGAAAUCAGAAAACAUCAGACAUCAAGGCAGGAGUCAGAUGAUGUUCUACCUCCGCUCUGUAAAAUGCCACAGACCUCCCACAGACUCUGCAGCUUCAAUGGCGAUUGUUUUUCGCACCCUGGACCUCCUGAAUUCUCUUUAAAGCCUGGAGAUUAUUUUAUUUCUUGACACACCUCGUUGUUUUACUCCCCCGUGCCUACAGCAGAGUUUAAGGCUCCAUCCAAAUGUCAAGAGACUCCAUGUGUGCUUCUGUUUCCCCAUCAUUGUACUUCUCGUACUAUGUUGGAGUUAUCCCAGACACUUGGCUAGAUAUCUUCAUUUAUGCUCUGCCAUCACAGGUUUUUGAGCAGCGGACAGAUGUGUGGGCGAGUGGCAGUACUGGAACUGAAUCUACAUGCCACCUACAUGCAAUUGUAGGUUCCCUCACUUCAUAGGUGAAAACUGUGUUAAAUGGACUAAAUCCUGUUAAUUUAAAUAGAUGUGAACCAAAUGAAUGUGUAAAGUCUAUUGUUAAGGUUUAAAAAUGUGUUAUUUCCCUUAUCAUCUGUAUGUAAGUCAGACUUUGCAUUUGUUAAGAUGAGUAGUUGCCAUUAGUUAGUCAAAAAAGGCCUUUUUAAAUUCCUGAAACAUUAACUGUUCUGAAAAAGAGGCAUUUAUUAGAAAACAAUGUGGAAUCUGUUAACACAACUGAUUUAAAGUGACUCUGAAGGAACGAUGGUAGAGCUGCAUCUGCCAUUUUCCCUCAGUGUUAAAAAAUGGUUUUGCCAGUUUAGUUUGGUUUGAUAGUGUGUCUCACUUUGUUACCGUGAGUGUCUGGAAUUGACAUUUGUCCAAAAAUUAAAGGGUCAUGAUACAUGAGGAACUUUUCCCUUUAAAGCUGUUAUUGACUUUGUCGUGUUCCUGUUUGCAUGGAAGCGUAUUAGUAUUCUACAUGUUAAAGGUGGAUCCUUGAUGAAACUAUGUAAAAACCUCAUACCAAAGGAAAGUUUUGUCAGUGUUGUAUAGCUACAUAUUACACACCCAUGCCUUACAGCAGUGGUUUCCAACCUGGGUUUCAGGGUAGCCUCAAGAGGCCUUAUAAUUUAGCGGGUUCUUGAGGUGAUUAACAGCAAUUUGAUAAUUUUACAUCUUUGCCGGAAUUGGUCAAAACUGACAUAUGCAGCAGGUGACAAGGGAUCACCAUUAGAUUUGGCUUCAUUUUCAGGGGUCACAAGCCAAACAUGUUGGAAAACACUGCCUUAACAGAACUGUAUUUUUCCAAAUCCUUCCAUUUUUUUGACUGUUGAAUCCCUGUCUUAUUUAAUGCCUAUAAAAAGAUAUU